GCUUCUCUCUCUAGCGCCUCUCCCUCUCUCUCUCUCUCUCUCUCUAGAGUCGACAAAGGGAGUGAGGAUGAGGAAGCUCGAGGGUUCGAAAUUCUGCGUCUGCUUCCGUCUCUUGGUUUUCUGAGGGAGUUUGUAUCGGUACUUAUUGGCGUCUGCGCGGGUUUCUGUCUCUUGGUUCGUUGGUUGUUCCUUCUUCCUUCUCGUUCUUCGUCUGCGGUUGUUUUUGUUGCCGUUGGUGGCGAGAAGGCUGUUGCGAGGCGGGUUUCGAUCCUCGGCUCUUGUCUGUGUUCCGGGGUUUUCUUUCUUGGAGAGGUAUCGGCGCUAAGACCAGGAAGCGGCAAGAUGAUUCUGGACUACGGCUAGAUUUCCUGCUUACUUUGCGAGUGCUGGUCGUGGUGGGCGGGCUCCGCUUCUUAGCUCUGACUGCAGCGUUUGGAGGUUAGGGUUUGCUGGGCCUGGGGAUUGCUUCUCUUUGUGGUGGAUUUUGGGCCUGGCUUGCGGUUUGUUGGUUGGUGAAAUAGAUCGGUCUUACGAGUCGGAGAAUCGUGAGGGCGUUUCUUGCUUACGGUGUCGUGGUAGAUCGAUGGUUUUUGAAGGGGAUUGGAGACUGGUGGCUAGAUGAGGGAUUUGUGACUCUAAUAAUGCUAGGAUCUGAGUGGAGCUCUUACGAGCUUGAAGAUAUUGUCUGGGAUGAGUUUGGUGAGAGUGAUGACCAUAUAGUGCCUCGUCCUGGCUCCGGACUAGAAAAUGCAUGUGCUGGCCAUGUGGAUUGUACAAAGAAACCUUGUCUUGAGCUAGAGAAUCCCACCGAAGGAGGCACAGAUGACACCGUGUCUGUUAAUGUCAAUGAUUUUGAUGCAGAAAAUGGAGGCCUGUAUCCUGGCACCAAAAAAGAACCGCUCACUCCAUCUAUUGAGACAUCUAGUUGGCCUGAAAACGUACUUAAUGAUCCAUACAGCACAGAGGAUGCUGACAAGGUGGAAUUAUUAGCAGAAGGAAAAAAUAAAUUAUCUGGAAAUGAGGAGCGUGCUUUAAUUGAUGAGUUCUCUGAUGGCGAUCCUAUUCUAAGAAACCGAGACUCUAUGAACUAUAGUGACCUAUGUGCUUUUUCGCUUACUGAUAUCUCUCCAACAGAUACUGAUCUUGAAUUAUUUGGAAGUGAGCUUGAGGACAAAGAGAGCUCUAGUUUCCUUGGCUAUGGGUGGCCUAAUAUUGGAAACUUCGAUGAUGUGGAUAAAAUGUUUAGAAAUUGUGAUGCAACGUUUGGUCAACAAAGUGCAGAUAAUGCAGAUGACCAAGCCUGGGCCUCAUCUUCCUCACUUAGAACAGAUGGGACUGAUGCUAAAUUAGUCUUCAGGUCUUCAGAUUUGGACAUGUUCCCACUGAAGAAUGAAAAAGAGCAUGAUGGUGCUGGUGCAGAAACAGUUCUUUAUGAUCUGGACAAACAGACUUACCCUUCCUAUGGAGAAAAAUUAAACAGAGAUUCAGAGGUUGAAAGAGCUACGCAAAGAGAAAAGCAGGUUGAUGGACAAAGGACAUUGUUUAAGUCUCAAAGCCAAUUUGAAGGAAAGAGAAGCGAAGCAUCUCUAGAACGUGCUAGAGCAGCUACUCAUGCUAGUGACCAUACUGGAGAAAACCUCAUAGCAUCAGCUUCUCCACCCUUGAUCUCACAAGCAUAUGCUUCUACUGUCAAAGCACCAGAAAUGCAACGAUGGAGGUCUGAUUCCUUUAGGUACAUGGACACAGACAUGUCGGACAUGCAGCUAGGGUAUAGUUACAACUCAGAUCAAGUUCUGGUGCAAGGCUUGCCAUUUAUUAAACCUGAAGUCCAGAGUCAUGUUUCACUUCCUUAUAAUGUUCCUGGUGGUGCUUCACGUCAUAGAAAAGCUCUACAUCGAUCUAGAGAUCCUUCACCAAAGCAUCCAGGAAUGACACCAGAAGAAAAAAUAGAAAAGCUGAGAAGACGCCAGAAAAUGCGUGCUGCUUUAUCCAUGAUGCAGCAACAAACUGGUUUUGUUUGUCAAACACAACUGGCUGAUCAAGCUCCUCCUGUUCAAGUUAAGCCAGAGGGAAUUCAUAAUGAAGUUAGAGGUCAAACUAAAGCCGAAAUGCAAAGCCUGGAAAAUUCUGCUCUUGAAAUUGAUUCAGCUACACAAGAAAGCUCUUGUAUGAGCUCGAUGCUAACAGAAGAUUCUUCUCUUGAAGAGGCUUGUUUGUGUCAGCUUCAGGAUGUAAUCACACAGUUGAAUAAUAAAACAAAGCUGUGCAUCCGAGAUAGUUUGUAUCGUUUGGCAAGGAGCGCUAUGCAAAGGCAUAAUGUUGGUGAUGCGAACAGCUGUUGCAAAGGUAGUCGAGACAAAAAUGAGAGCCUCGGCAUGGAUGGACAUGCUACUCAAGAAAAGUUGCAGUCUGAGAGGUGCGAGGGGCUGAUCAACAUGGAAACUGUUACAAAUCCUAUUGAUCGAGCCGUGGCACAUUUACUCUUCCACAAGCCGCCUGAUGUUUCAGCGAAGCCUCUUAAUGGUAUGUUACCUUUGGAGUCCCACAUUACGGCAAACAUACAGAAGUCUUGGAUGUCCCAUGUGUUUGCAUACUGUUCAGGGCAGCCUAAUCAUUCAUUGCCCAGUAUACACAACGAUCUCAAUAAGCAAGGUCAUCAUCUUAGCAGCCGAUCUGUUUCACCUAAAGAACAAGCGCACCCUAUUUCUUGAUGUCAGAAACUAGCUUAUUCAUACAGCUCCUGCUCCAUGUCUGGGAAUGGAGAGCAGAACAGAUCAGUGAAGGAGGCUGGUGAGGGAUAACUUUAAUGAACGUUGGCAAUAAGUUAGGGUUAUAGACGCAGUAAACUGGCUGAAAUGAAGCAUCAUUUUGUUAGCUGUUGGGAUAGUUGAUCGCCAGGCGCCCCGACGAUGCUCCAACCCCACAUUUUGAGAAGGCCAAUGUUAUCGUAGUUGUGUAUCCCUCCAACUACUGAGCGGACACUGCCAUUAUCAAUGAUAGACCGGUCCAGCCAUAUCAGACUGUUGUUUAUUAAAAUAAGAUAAUAGAACUAUUUGUAUUUUUAGGUGCAAAACACAAAAUGCAUUUAAAUGACGGUGAACUGAUCUGGUGUGACUGGUAGGAGCCGAAUUUAUCUAUCCUUUGUGAAAAGAUGCACGUUGGUUAUUGUAUUGACAGUAUUAUAAUGCUCAA